CAAAGUCUCAUGCAUUAUUUAGAAAUUUAUUUAUAAAUUUUCGUUCGUAAAUAUUUGUUUUUAGAUUUAGCUCCAAAUUAUGUAUUUGGAUAACAAUGUCAGGUGAAUUGAAGAAUAAAGGCUGUACUAACAACAAUAUCGGGCAGUAUAAAGCAUCGCGUAUACCACAGCGCCUAUCGGCAGGUCGAAGAACGACACUUAAGUCAAAACCGUGCGGAUACAAUGACGACAAUACGAUUAAAAAUAAAAAUGAUAACACAACGGCUUCGAUAUCUCGGUAUUUUACGAGGAACACGUCCCAACCUCGCUCCGUGGAGUCCACGCGGCCCAAAUCUGCAAACAAAGUGAAAGAGGAAAUCGAUCAAGUCUUACAAAAUAUCCAAUCGCCAAAUCGAUCAACAAACAAUGAACGUGAAAGACUAUUUCCGGCACAGAAGAGAAUCUUAUAUCCGGCAAGUAAGAGAAAUCACAUCGAAAAGAACAUUGAUGCGGUAGCUGCGAAUAGACCACUGAGACCAGUAGUCACAGUACCAACUGGGAAGAUCCCUAAGAUGAUGACACGGAAUACUUCUAAUAUGCAUAAGCCACCACAGAAACUUCCCGACCUGGAAGCAAUAAAAAGAUAUGAAGAGCUGGAAGCAGAACUAAAUACGUUCUCUGAUGAUUGUCUGGACAAUUCUCAAGAAGAUUUAAUAUUUGCUGAUUACGACAAUAAUAUAGACCACUCUUCUGGACUAUCCAAAAGUGAUGGAAUGGUGCGGCUAAAUAUGAGUUAUCAGGAGAAAAUGGCCGUUUACGAGAAAUGGAGGGGCGACAUGAAUCAGCGUCAGGUGACAUUGUUGAAAUUGUACGCGGCGCUAAGAGAGAAUCAUAAGACACUAACCAACAUGGGCCAGGAAACGAGUUUACCAGCGGAGCUGAAGAUAAUGAACGUAGGAGGAUUGAGCCCCGAACAACUCCUUCAGCUGUGUGCACAGAAGAAGCCAGCACCGGAUGUUCCAGAUACGUUCACUAAAGAUUGUUUACAAAUUGAUAUGAAUAAAAUGAACAAUAUACCGAUGAAAUUGGUUGCUAUUUGUGAACAAACUUUGACCAAGAGAUUGGAGGUAAUUGAUUGGGUGGACAAUUUGAAGAAUAUUUCUAAGGGUUGUCCCUUAAGCACACUGACAAAGAAAAUCAAAGAAUUCAGUGCAGAAAAUGAAAUGUUACAAAGCUCUAUGGAAACGUGUAAGGCUGAAUUUCUAAAGGAAAUGAGUGAAAUAAUGGACUUAAUCAGGAAAUGUGUAAAUGAAACAGUAUCUCUUCAAUUGCGGCACGAAGAACUAACAUGUGAAGUCAGCGAAUUAAAUUGCAAAAACAGCGAUUUGCGUAAACAGCUUCAAUCAAUUGAACAUUACAAAUCACAGAACAACAAAGCAAGGCUUGAGGAAUUGGAGAAAGAGCUUAAAGAAGAAAAAUCUAAGAGUUCGGCAUUAAGAAAUAGGCUGACCCGAUCUGAUGGGCAAGUGAAAAUUGGUGAAGAGAGAGCACUUAAUCUUGAAGCAUCACUAAACCAAGCUAGAUCACAGAUGAGACAGUUAGAGCGGACCGUACAACAGUUACAAGAGCAGAAUCAAAAAAUUCAAAUGGAUUUCGAUAUUGAAUUAAACAAAUUAACCGAAUCUAUUAAAGAAAACACAUCACACUUAGAAGAUAUUGCCGAUGCGCGUGAAAAGCUCCAAUCAGAAAAAGAAGAUCUUGAGAAACGGCUAGAGGAGUUAUCUCAAACGUAUAAUGAAUCUGUUAAUAAUUACAAAUGUGAAUUGAAAAACAAAGUUACAGAAUUAAUUGAGAUUGAACAUAAGUACAGCGAAAUAGUUGACGAAAAGAAGAGAUUAGAAGGAAUAAUUGAAAGCCAGUGUGCGCAGCUUGUAGAAACUGAAUUAAAAUACAAUGAUAAAAUGAAAAUUUUGCAAGAUAAUGAAACUCGACUAAGUUAUUAUCAAGAAAUUGAGAAAGAAUACAACAUUUUGAAAAGUAAAUUAGAAACGGCAAAUUCCGAAAUAGAACAAUACAAAGAGCGCUUUAUGGAACAAUCUGAGUCUGUAAAAGAAAUCGAAAAUAAGUUUAAGGAAUCACACAUAUUUGUUGUUAAAUUAAGAAGUGAAAUAAAAAGCAAGGACGAUUAUAUAGCAGCAUUAGAGAAUAAGCAAUCACUUCUUGAAAAACAAAUACAGGAGAGUGAUUCCAAAAUGGUUAACUAUGAAGAACAAUUGUCAUCUCUCAAAGAUCACAUUUUAAAGUUACAAGAACGAUUAGACGAAAACGAAAACAUCCAAGAUCUUAAAAUAAAGGCCAAUGAGCAAAGCUCGAAGAUUUACGAUAUAACUCAACAAAAUGAAGAACUUGUUAUGUCAAUUAAGGAAAAGGACACUGAAUUACAAAAUAAACAGAAAGAAUUAAGCAGUUAUGAGAAUGAUGUUCAACGGCGAGACAAUUUAAUACAGAUUUUAACAAAGAAAGAAGAGGAACAAGCCAAUAUCAUAAGAUUAUUAAAAAAUAAAUUAGAUACUAUGAGUGAAAACCUAAACAACCAGCUUGAUGAAAAAAAUAGUGAAAUUCAAACACUAAUUACGGCUUUGGAAAAAAGAAAGGGGCAAAUUUCACAGCUUGAAAAGAUAAUAUUGGCAUUAGAAGAUCAAAUACAGGAAGACAAAGCACAGAAACAUAAGGAUAGUGAAAGAAUUGACUUACUUGAACGAAAGUUGGAGCAAAUAGAAGACUACCCUGCUAGCUAUAGCAAUGUAAAUACAACUCCUUCAGAAAACAUUGACAGUCUAUUUAAAAUUCUAGAAGAUGAACUAGGAAAUUCCUUUGAACAUCAAUAUAAAAUAAAAAGAAACUUAGAGAGUAAUGUAAUGCAGAAACCCAACAAUUAUAGUGACGAUAUCAAAGUAAGCUCAGAGCGUAAGGAAUCUAACUUUAAAUUAAAGCAACAAUAUCACGUUCAACCUAAAAGCAUACCCAAAAGAAAUACUUCGGUAAGUAUGGCACAUAAAACCUUUUUUGUACCAAACAUUGACAGUUUAGGUAAGGGAGACAAGUUACAUCGCAAAAAAGCGAACACAAAUAUAGAUUCACAGAAAUUUAGUACGGCGAGAUCAGAAACAGAUAAAAGUUUCCAGACACAUCAUAAACAUGAUAAUGAUUCUACAAUAAUGCGUGAUGACAACAGAGUUGUUAAAGAUUGUCAUAAGGUGGAUUUGUUAAUACCAAAAAGUUUUAGAGAAGACUGCAACUACAAGAUGCUAAAACUGACUGGACAUAGGCUUUAGAUUUGUGAAAUUGUAUUGCCGUUAUGUGUGUAUACUCUCGAUGUGUUGUUUAGUUGAAAUAAAAAAUUUGUCAAGUA